ACAGCAGGGGUUAUAAGAGGUUAUAUAUAACACAUGUAUACAGCUAUGCAUACCUUUCAUUCACUUGCAGAAGGGCCUGGUGAGGCAUUCGCUGGUUUCUGGACAGCCAUGGAGAAACUGAAGGUUCUGUUUGCUGUUGUCUUGUCUCUGGGAACGGCCGCAGCAGCCUCUCUGGGCGUUGUGCAAACAGAAGGUGGCGGUGUUCAAGGCCAGAAUAUCCGCCUCGGUCUUUUCCGCUCCGUAGAUGUUUUCAAAGGAAUUCCCUUUGCUGCCAAGCCUGGAACAUUUGAGAAACCCAAACCUCACCCUGGCUGGGAUGGUAUACUGAAGGCAACAAAGUUUGCUCAGAGAUGUCUUCAGAUCAGCAUGCUCCAGACUUCAAGUUUUGGUAGUGAAGACUGCCUCUACCUCAACAUAUGGGUUCCUCACGGCCAAAAUGUGUCCUCAAAUCUCCCAGUCAUGAUAUGGUUGUACGGAGGAGGCUUCAUUGUCGGUGGUUCUAUGGGGCCAAAUUUUCUCAACAAUUAUCUGUACAGCGGUCGGGAAAUUGCAGACAAGGGCAAUGUUAUUGUGGUGUCUGUGGGAUACCGUGUGGGCACCCUGGGCUUCCUCAGUACAGGGGACUCUCGCUUACCUGGAAACUACGGCCUUUGGGACCAGCAUGCCGCCAUCGCCUGGGUGAACAGGAACAUCCGCUCGUUCGGAGGAGACCCUGACAACAUCACCAUCUUUGGAGAGUCUGCAGGUGCAGCUAGUGUCAGCUUCCAGACUCUCUCCCCCCACAACAAAGGGCUGUUCAAGAGAGCCAUCUCCCAGAGCGGGGUUGCCUUCUGCCCCUGGGCACUGAACAGGAACCCACGCAAGGUGGCAGAGGAGGUUGCAGAGACCGUCGGCUGCCCCACUGAUGACAGGAUGGAGGCCUGUCUCAAAUCAACUGAUGCUGUGGCUCUCGUCAUGGCUGCUCCCAUCAUUGUACCAGGCUCACCAGACCAUCCCGGUGUGAACAACCUGUCUCUGUCUCCUGUUGUCGAUGGAGACUUCCUCCCUGAUCAGCCUGGCAAGUUGUUUCACAACGCCGCUGAAAUUGAUUACCUUGCAGGGGUUAAUAACAUGGAUGGACAUCUGUUCACUUCGAAGGACAUUCCUUCCCUUGGUGACAAGAAUCAAGACACUAUAGUAGAAGACGUAAAGAGGCUCCUUGCUGCUUAUACCAAAGAGACGGGGCAAGCUGGUUUGGAGAUUGCCUUUGCAGAAUACUCGUCCAACUGGGGAUCAACACCCACCCAGACCAAUAUUAAGACAGCUGCUGUGGAUAUUGGGACUGACUACCUCUUCCUGGUUCCUAUACAGACUGCCAUCUUCCAGCAUGCAGCUUAUGCCAAGUCUGGCCGUACCUACUCCUACUUGCUGUCUGAGCCCAGUUUAUUGGCUGGACCAGGCAAACCCUACCAUGACUGGGUGGGAGCCGAUCACGCUGAUGACCUGCAGUACGUGUUUGGCAAACCCUUUACCACAUCAAAGGCUUAUGGGGACAGACAGAGAGACCUGUCUGGCUAUAUUAUUGCCUACUGGACUAACUUCGCCAGAACUGGAAACCCAAACAAAGGAAACCUAAAGGUGCCUGUGACUUGGCCUGAAUUCACCAGCACUGGACAGCAGUUCCUGGACAUCAAUGCUAAGAUGAAUGAGAGCUCCAUUGGACAGGAAAUGAGGCAGCGUUUUGUCCACCUUUGGACCAGCACCCUUCCCAGUCUCCCAUAACAUGCUCAGUGAUGCAUUUUUGUUUUCAUUUAAAAUACACCAAAUGUACAAAUAAAAGAGUCCAUCCAUC